AUGACCCGAGCCGCAGAGCGGGGCAAAGGGGCUUCAGGUUGGGGGCUACGCGGCGCCCUAGUGGCUGUAGCGCUGUUGUCGGCGCUGAACGCCGCGGGCACCGUGUUCGUGCUGUGCCAGUGGCGCGGGCUGAGCGCGGCCCUGCGGGCGCUGGAGGCUCAACGAGUCCGGGAGCAGCGCGAAGACAGCGCCCUACGCGCCUUUCUGGCGGAAUUGAGUCGUGCACCGGGACAGGUCCCCGAAUCACCCCAGGACCCCGCGAGCGCAGCGCGCAACAAGCGCAGCCACAGCGGAGAGCCUGCGCCACACAUCCGUGCCGAGAGCCAGGACAUGAUGAUGAUGAUGACCUACUCCAUGGUGCCGAUCCGAGUGAUGGUGGACCUGUGCAACAGCACCAAGGGUAUCUGCCUGACAGGACCACCUGGCCCACCAGGACCCCCAGGAGUUGAUGGGUUACCAGGACACAAUGGAUCAGAUGGACAGCCUGGUCUCCAGGGACCAAAGGGAGAAAAAGGAGCAAAUGGGAAGAGAGGAAAAAUGGGGUUACCUGGAGCCACAGGAAAUCCAGGGGAAAGGGGAGAGAAGGGAGACGCUGGCGAACUAGGCUCUCCUGGAAAUGAGGGCCCGCCAGGGCAGAAAGGUGAAAAGGGAGACAAGGGAGACGUGUCCAACGAUGUGCUUCUCACAGGUGCCAAAGGUGACCAAGGCCCACCUGGUCCCCCUGGACCCCCAGGACCUCCAGGCCCUCCUGGAACCAGAAGAUCCAAAGGCCCACGGCAGCCAAACAUGUUCAACAACCAGUGCCCAGGUGAGACGUGUGCCGUACCAAAUGACGAUACCUUGGUGGGGAAAGUGGAUGAGAAAACAAAUGAACGCCAUUCUCCGCAAACAGAAUCCAUGAUCUCUUCCAUUGGAAACCCAGCCCGAGUACUAAAAGUUAGAGAGACUUUCGGGACUUGGAUAAGGGAGUCUGCCAACAAGAGUGAUGAGCGCAUCUGGGUGACGGAACAUUUUUCAGGAAUCAUGGUGAAGGAGUUCAAAGACCUGCCGGCACUUCUCAAUAGCAGCUUCACCCUCAUCCACCUACCACACUACUUCCACGGCUGUGGGCACGCAGUUUACAACAACUCUCUCUACUACCACAAGGGGGGCUCCAACACCAUAGUGAGAUUUGAAUUCGGCAAAGAGACACCCCAAACCCUGAAGCUUGAAAAUGCUUUGUAUUUUGAUCGAAAAUACCUCUUUGCAAAUUCCAAGACUUACUUCAACAUAGCUGUGGAUGAGAAGGGUGUCUGGAUUAUCUAUGCUUCGAGUGUGGAUGGCUCAAGCAUCCUGGUAGCACAGCUGGAUGAGAGGACAUUCUCUGUGUUGCAACACAUCAAUACCACAUACCCCAAAUCCAAGGCUGGCAAUGCCUUCAUUGCUCAAGGGAUCCUCUACGUCACAGACACCAAAGAUACGAGGGUCACGUUUGCCUUUGAUCUGUUCAGAGGAAAACAGAUUGAUGCAAACUUUGAUCUCAGAACAUCCCAGGCUGUUCUUGCCAUGUUAUCAUACAACAUGAGGGAUCAGCAUUUAUAUUCAUGGGAAGAUGGCCACUUGAUGCUCUAUCCUGUGUGGUUUUCAGCAGCAGCAGCAAGCCAGUGA